GCAGGGAGGAUAAUUUGCAGGAGCGGUGGUGUGACUGAAGGACAGUAUAAGAUAGUUUGGCAUCUCUCCUGGCUCUACACGAGGCACUCGCAGCAGACAGACGCCUGACUGGAGGAGUUAGGGAGGGACCUCUAAGCAAGCUGUACGUAUCUUGAAGGAGGAGGAUAAGAAGAGAGGGGGAAGGAGAUAUUGAUGUAGUUAUAGAUGCCUUGGCAAUCACACCUUUCUUGACCUCCCAAUCAUCAGAUCAACUUUCAACAGUCACUUAUCGUUAUUCCUGCCAAUAUUGUUAAAUUUCAGUGUUAACUGUGAAAUACAAGCGAAAAAUAUAAUUGCAAAUUGUUGCGUGAGAUGUGAUAUGUAUUGAAACACUGUUUAGACUUAGAAAUCAGUGAAACAAGGAAAAGUAACUGCCUCAACAGGUAUGUUUUGUGGUGCGCAUUAAAUUAUAGCACGUGGCUUAAAUGAGGUCCAGGACCAUGAAGAGACCAUUACGAGUGAGGCUCGGUGUUUAUACUGCACUUCUCUUGCUGUUAUUCACCGCUACUGCUGGUGACCUAGAGCCAACAUUUGGAAGAUGUUGUGCCUAUGGUGCCAACUGGGCGAGGGAAGCCCAGCAGUGCUCCACCUUCCCUGCCCCUGUCAGUGGCAUCCCCUCCGAGCACCAGUCUAUCUGUAUUACUGCUGCUGGCAUCUGUUGCCUUAGAUACUUCAGGGAUGAGCAGUGUCAGAAAGGGAAGCAAGCAGCUCAAGUGGGCCAAGAUUGUGUCAGCAGCAGUAACCAAGGCGGGGAGUACUUUAAGGAUUGUUGCCAAGGAUGUAAGCUGGGUUUAUUCAGUGGCAGCAUGGGUAUGGGCUGCAAUAUGGGGUUCAAGUUUGGCUUCCCUUGGGAUAGUGCAUUUGUUCAGUGUUGCAUGCAGGUGGCUCCUGGGAGUGCUGCUAGCUUCCCAGAUAUUGGUAACAAAUUGGUGGAUUUGAAUAACCUUUAUCCUGGUGUGAUUUCCACUACUCUUACAUAUUCAGAAUCUGAUGACUUGUGUGCAAGAUUCGCUGGUAAACUUUGCGCACAUGUAUGUGUACCUACUCCUGGGUCAUAUCGAUGUCAGUGUCGUGCAGGAUUCACGCUCUCUACAGAUAACAAGUCAUGCAUACAAGAUGCUCUCAUUGAUAGGUGCCGACAGAACAAUCCCUGUGCUCACAUUUGCCGAGACACAGGAGUCUCUAUAGAAUGCUCUUGCAACCCUGGAUACAAUUUGGCUCCUGAUCAAAGAACCUGCGAGGAUGUGAAUGAAUGCAGCAGUGGUGUGCAUGGCUGUCUUCCGGGAGAACAGGUGUGUUAUAACCAGAUUGGCUCUUACGCCUGUAUCAAUGCCGAUGGCUCCUUGUCUUCUCCUGGUGGUGUGCAACACCAGACUGUUAGUACUGGCUCUGCCACAACUCAUCUUGGAGAUGCCAGAGCAGGUGCAGCUCUAGGAUCAUCCAGCUAUGAUAUAAACAAUGAAGUCGAUCCAGGAAUACCAGGAUCAAUCCUUGGCAGAGGAGCCUUAGGAGUGCAAGGGUUUCCUGGCACAAGAGUCGAGCAUAGGUACCUCGAUGCUACUCAUUCUCAGGGCCGUUGCCCUCCUGGAUAUAAUUUUAACUUGGACACCAUAGUUUGUGAUGAUGUUGACGAGUGUGAAGUAACGUCUGGUUUGUGUGGCCGAGGAGCUGUCUGCCAGAACACCAUUGGUUCUUACACAUGUGCACAUAUUCCAGUUGCAGAUUGUCCUCCAGGGUUUGCUUUUGACUUGAAUCAACAGUCAUGCUUGGAUAUCGAUGAGUGCUUGGAUGGCUCCAACAAUUGCAACCAGACGACCCAUUUCUGUAUCAACACCAAUGGAGCAUUUACAUGUCAGCAGAAAGGAGGUCCAACUGAUUGUAUAGCUGGUUACAAGUAUAGUAGUCAACAGCAGACAUGCACGUGGAUGAGUGCCUUGAAGAACUACAUGGGUGUAACCCUGAAGAGGAGACAUGCAGAAACACUGCUGGAGCAUAUGAGUGUGACAUAAAGUGUGAUGAUGGAUUUCAUUUUAGCCUGUCCCUUCAAACUUGUGUUGAUGUUGAUGAAUGUGCUGAGAAUCUGCACACCUGCCACUCUCUUAAUGAAAUAUGUAUCAAUGAGAUUGGUAAAUAUCGAUGCGAGCCGACCAGCACCAACGAAGUUGAUGAAGGAAGCAAAUUUGAGAUCCUAACCCACGCUACCUUCCAAACUCCAGUUCAGGAAUGUCCUGAAGGGUUUGGUUUUGACCUGAACACUAGUCAAUGUCUUGAUAUUGAUGAGUGCAGUACGAAUUUAGAUGAUUGUUCUGUAUCUGAGCGAUGCAUUAACACCCUUGGAAGCUAUACAUGUAGGUUGCGCCGUCGCUGUUCUGCUGGCUAUGCCACUGACCUUAUAACGGGAGAAUGUAAAGAUGUGGAUGAGUGUGCCACUGGCAUUGCAAGCUGCCUGCCAGGCCAAAUUUGCUUUAAUACUGAAGGUGCCUUUGAGUGCCGUGUUGAAUGUCAAGAUGGGUUUAGAUAUGAUCCGACAGAUGCUGCAGUGUGCGUAGAUAUUGAUGAAUGCCUUGAAUCGCCGUGCGAAUUUGGAAAGCUAUGUACCAACAUAGAGGGCUCAUAUAUCUGCACGUCUGUCACCACUCAAAGUACAAGAACUACAACAUUCACAACAACAUCAGCAACUACAACAACCACCAGUAGACCACCUAGUUCCUGUCCAUCUGGAUUUGGACGAAAUCCUAAUAGUUUGCAAUGUGAAGAUAUUGAUGAAUGUCGCAACCAAGUGUGUGAGCCAGAACAAAGCUGCCAGAACUCCUAUGGAUCUUACAGAUGCAUCUGGCUACCAUGUGACCGAGGCUACACCAGAGACUCUCUCACUCAUGAAUGCCAAGAUAUUGAUGAAUGUGAAGAGGGACUUCAUAGUUGUCAGGUAGGAGUGGAACAAUGUGUUAACAACCCUGGGGGUCACACCUGCCAGCCUCAACCUUGUGCCUCAGGCUUCACUCGCGACUCACUUGACCCCAGACAGUGUAUAGAUAUCGACGAAUGCAAGUUGGCACCCUGUGGCCCCGAGGAAGAAUGUAUCAACAGUAAUGGGUCAUUUAGGUGUCGGCAUCUUACACCAUGUAGCCCAGGCUUUAGAAGAGAUGAAGAAAGCAAAGAGUGUAAAGAUAUUGACGAGUGUAUUGAAAAUGCCCCUUGCACUCGAGAAGAGCGUUGUGUCAACACAUUUGGGAGUUAUCGGUGCAGAUCUCUCGACUGCAAUGCAGGUUACCAGCGGGAUGAACAAGGACGAUGCAGAGAUAUUGAUGAAUGUGUGACUGGUGAACAUACAUGUCAAGUUCCAAAGGAGGAAUGUAUCAACACCCAAGGCAGCUACAGGUGUAAGACUCUUCCAGAGUGCCCACGAGGCUUAAUUCGGGAUCCUAGUUUACUCAGAUGUGUUGAUGUUGAUGAAUGUACAGAAGGUACCCAUGACUGCCAUGAGGGAGAACGCUGCUACAAUCAAUAUGGGACAUAUAAAUGCAGAGCUUCUUCCAAUUCCUGCACCAAAGGCUUCAGGUACAACGCUUACCAAAGACGUUGUAAGGAUAUUGAUGAAUGUGCAGAAAAGGCAGAUACUUGUGAGGGAUCAACCCAGACAUGUGUAAACUCUGUGGGUAGCUUCAGGUGUAUUGAUCGUCAGCCCACUUGUGACUUUGGCUUCCAGUAUGACGAAGAGCUGAAAGCCUGUGUAGACAUCAAUGAAUGUGAAGAGGGUCGUGAUAUUUGUAACAAGCUCACAGAAAUUUGCCACAAUUCUGUGGGUAACUACUGGUGUGCUCCUUCACCUAACCCAGUGACAACUUCCAGUACAACUAAUACUGCUACCACUACUUCUGCUUCUACUAACAUCUUCAGAAUUCCUCCUCCUCCUCCCUUGCCUCCACGUCCUGAUCAACUGUGUCAACCUGGAACAUUGUAUGAUACCCUGUUUAAGAUUUGUAUAGAUAUCGAUGAAUGUAUCUCAAAUCCAUGCCCUGAAAAUGAAAUCUGUGAGAAUACGCAUGGAUCCUUUCGAUGUAACUGUCGAACUGGAUUCUCCAGAGAGGAAUCAAGCAAAAAAUGCGAAGACCAGAAUGAGUGUCAGCUUGGUUCACACACAUGUUCCCAGAGUCAGCGGUGCGACAACACUAUUGGGUCAUUUGUUUGCAUUCGUAUCGCUGGUUGUGGUACUGGGUACACUCUCAACCACAACACAGGAGAAUGUGAUGAUAAUGAUGAAUGUAAACUGAACACUCAUGACUGUAACCAGUUGGGUCCCAAGUAUCAGUGUUUCAACAUCAGGGGCUCUUUUCGAUGCAAAGAGAAGACCUGCCCUCAAAAUCAAAUUCUUAUCCAAAGUGGCCUCUGUAUCAACCUUACCUGUGACAAAGGGUUUAGACCUAUAGAAGGAAUUUGCCAAGACAUAAAUGAAUGUGCAGAGGGAAUACCCUGUCAGCGUAAUGAGCAGUGCAUCAAUACUCGUGGUUCAUAUACUUGUCGCUCUCUCCUUAACUGUGGAGCUGGUUACCAGAUGAAUGAGUAUGGGACUCAGUGUAUAGAUAUUGAUGAAUGUGCUGAUGGUACUCACCAGUGCAGAGGCAACCAAGUGUGUUCUAAUCGUCAGGGAGGGUACAUUUGUCAGUGUCCUACGGGCUUCAAGUUCAAUGAAAUACGGCAGUGUCAAGACUUUAAUGAAUGUGAAACUUACCCUGGAAGUGUAUGUUCAGGUAAUGCUGUCUGUGAGAAUACAGAGGGCUCAUUCCGCUGUAAUUGUAAAGAAGGCUUCAAACAGUCCAAUGAUGGCCGAACCUGUUUAGAUGUGAACGAGUGUAUCGAGAUUCCCGGCAUUUGUCAUCAUAACUGCAUCAACGUGUGGGGCAGCCAUCAGUGUACAUGCAGGGCUGGCCACAACCUUGCCAGAGAUAACAGGACCUGCAGUGAUAUCAAUGAGUGUGAGGAGUACCGAGGUCGGGGGCGGCUGUGCAUUGGGAUCUGUGUUAAUACAAUUGGGACUUUUAAAUGCUCCUGUCCUGAUGGCUACAAUCUGGUUGCUGAUGGUCGCACCUGCAAAGACAUCAAUGAGUGUGACUCAGGCAAUGUUUGUCGAGGAGAAAAUGAGCAUUGUGUCAAUACACAUGGAGGGUACAAAUGUAACAGCAUUACUUGCCCUGCCAACUAUAUCCGUGAUACUAGGCAUAAAAACCGGUGCAAGAAGGUCUCGCUCUACUGCCUUGAAGAUGAUGAGUCCUGUCACCGUGAGCCACUCAGCUACUCCUACAACUUCCUGCCACUGGUCAGCAACUUGUCCUUACCAACAACGGGGCAGGUGGACCUGUUUACCAUGCGGGGGCCACUAUGGUUAUCCACCACAGUGCAGUUCGAGCUGGAGUUGGAGUCCGCUAGGGCACCAUUAGGAGUUGAAGCUGCUACCAGAGAGUUUUUCUACCUUAAACAUACUUCCUUUAAUCAGGCCGUUAUAUCUCUCGUAAAGUCAAUAUCCGGUCCCCAGGAGAUACAGUUAGUGUUGAACAUGCAGCUAUACCAACAGGGAAAAUAUACUGGAUCAGCUAUAGCUAAAUUAUUGAUUUAUGUUUCUGAGUAUGAUUUCUAGUUGUCAUUAGGAGUUUUGAAAGGUGUUUAUAUAGACACAAUCCCAGUGGCCAGAGGUUGGGUAAAGAAGAGAACAAUAGGAGUUAAGACAGUAUAUACUAUUUUACUAUAUUGACAUUAUUUAGAAACUAGGAAAUGUUUGUAGAAAAAGUUGCUUGAUGGCUGCUAUUUUAUUAUUACAGCAAUAAUUGUUGAAACACAGACAACUUUAUGGUUUGCCAGUAGCCAAAAAGAGCUGGAGUGUUGUGCUCAUAACAUUGUAUAACUUACCACACAAGAUAUAUCUAUGCAUAGUCAGUGCUGAAGAUGUUUUACUAAUUAGCAUUACUGAAAGUCUUUGUUCUUAAAAACUUUUUGUUGCCUGGACAGAAAGGCACAAAGAUGCAAGUUGCAGAGCAAGAUUUUAUUGGGACAUUAAUUAUAAUAUAUAUAGGUGGUCACUUGAAGUGUGAAAAUCAUAGGUUAAGUCUCUGGGAAAAUGGUAUAAGAAAGAAGCAGUACUAGUCACUGCUGGUUUGAAUAUUCCCCGGUCAUGGUUCAUCAAUUGUCCACAUAAUAUGGUGUGUUUUAGAGUUUUGGCAAAAAGCACCUUGGUUUUGUUCAGUGGUAUUUUGUGUGCUACUGACUGAUCUUUUAAACAUAGGGGAUAAAGUCAGAUCAUGAUGUUUAGGUGCUUUUACCUAAGCCUCUAGCACAUAUAUUAAAUGGACAGUUACCAGGCCAUGAAUAGAUGACAUUCUAAACCUAGUGUUGACCAGUAGACCUGUUGCAUUACUCCUCUACACCCACAAUCAACCCAGGGACUUGGCAUGACUUUCACCCUUCAGUGAUUCUAACUUAAGUGACCACCUUCUACAAGAAACCUUACCCCUACAGAGAGCUCACCUACUUCCACCUUACCUUUCAGGAAUAUACUGUAUAUACAUUUAAAUAUGACUUGUGUAUUAUAUGAUACAAGCGUUAAAAGCUUGCUCUGCAACACGUGUCUGUUUUUAUUCCGGAGGCCUGAAACAUACAUUAUAUAUUUUUGUUUAUGCUCUUUAGAAAGUAACUGUACAGCAACUCAUAAAUGGAAUUAAAUUUUUAAAUUCUAACCUUUCUGUUUAGUAAUUUUAUUCUCUAGUAGUUUAAAUUAUACACAUUUUAUUGCAGAUAGAACUAUUUCAGAAGCUGCCUUUAAGUAUAUUUAAUAUAAUAAUAUUCUUGCAGGGCAUUUGUAAUAUUUAUUAUUAGCUUUAUUUGUUUCUUUAGGUCACAUUUCUUCAUUCUUUCAGUGACAAAAUUUUGUUUGAUGCAAGGUUACAGAACACUGUAACUGUUCUUAAUGGUUCUGAGGAUCAUCAACCCUGUACCAGAAUAGGCCUCCAAAAUCAGAAUGGAAAUAUUACAGGACUAAAGCAAAAAAAAGUUUAUUUUGUCUCCAUUUAUAUAUACAGUAUUUUAUCUGUAUUUACCUGUAGAAUAUUUACCUGUUGACUAACAUCUUCAGUAGCCUCAGGAUGGAUAGGAAAUACAUGGUUAUUCCAGGCAUUACAGCAUUAAAUGACUCGCAAAGGUUUCGUGCUUUACAGUACAUAAUAUAAUAAUACAGCAAUAAUAAUAAAUAAAGUUGCAGGCA